CCGGUCCAGAGCAGCGAGAGAAUCAACAGGAGGCUCAGCUGGGCCAAGAUGGUGGACGGUGGAAGGCUCAUAGCAACCGAGUAAACAGCCGCAAAGACGCGCUGGUGGCGCCGGUGGUGGCUGCCGGGGGAGUACAGCUGGCGGUGACCGCUUCAUGGAUCUGUUUGCGGGACUCUGCGCUGCGAGCUGAAGCUGCAUGGCCUCCACUCAAACCCGGAUAGGCCAGCAGGCCGUGGCGGUCCUGGACGUGGCGCUCAGGGUCCCCUGCAUUUUCAUCAUCGACGUGAUUUUUAACUCCUAUUACGACCCGGGCUCAGGAUGGGCCGGCACCGUGGGCAAGGUUCUGGUCCGAGUCAUGGGUGUCCUGGUAUCCAGCGUGGUCUUGCUGCUGUCACAGAAAGCCUUGUUCAAGUUCUACAUGCUGUUCCUGGCGGUUCUGCUCGGCCUGGCCGCCGUGCUUGUCAACUACUACGCCGCCUCCCACGUGGACUUCUACAGCGCCUACUACAAGGCGGCGCUGGGGUUCCGCCUCCUGCCCCGCAGCGGACCCACGCUGUGGCUGGGCAUGGCGGUGGUCCAGCUGAUGUUCGGCGUGGGCUACGUCUUCCUGCUCAACCUGCAGUCGGUGUUCGCGGCGCUGGUGGUGCUGAACAUCAUGGUCCCUCUCUGGGGUCUGAUGAUGGAGCUGCCCCCUGACGUCCGGCAGCUGGUGGCCGUCUUCUCGGGCCUGGCGCUGAUGCUCAACACGGGCGUUUGCCUGGCCCUCAGACUCCGAUGGUUCUACUACUCGUGUCGGUACGUCUACCUGCUGGUUCGCCACAUGUACCGGAUAUACGGCGUGCAGCUGCUGCUGGAGGACACUUGGAAAAGAAUUCGCUUCCCGGACGUCAUGCGUGUGUUUUGGCUGACCCGGGUCACAGUUCAAGCCCUCAUCCUGGUCUACGUGGUGCGGGUUGUGCGGAGAGAGAGCAGCCAGGCGACUGGAGGGCUCUCAGACGGGGGUCCGGACUCACAGGACCAUCUUCUCAACUGGGAUGUGUUCUGGGAUCUGACCAGCAACCUCAUCAUAUCCGGCUGUGACUCCACCCUCACGGUGCUGGGCAUGAGCGCCGUCAUCUCCUCCGUGGCCCACUACCUGGGCCUCAGCAUCCUGGCCUUCAUAGGGUCCACGGAGGAGGAGGAUAAGCGCUUGGGCUUCGUGGCGCCGGUUCUGUUCUUCAUCUUGGCUUUGCAAACAGGGCUGAGCAGCCUGGAACCAGAAGAGCGGCUGGUCCGUCUGAGCAGGAACAUGUGCCUCCUGCUGACCGCUAUCCUGCACUUUAUCCAUGGGAUGACCGACCCCGUCCUCAUGGCCCUGAGCGCCUCCCAUGUCUCCUCUUUCCGCCGUCACUUCCCAGUCCUGCUGGUGUCGGGCACACUCUUCAUCCUUCCCAUGAUGCUCAGCUACUCGCUGUGGCGUCACUACGCCCUCAACACCUGGCUGUUUGCCGUCACCGCCUUCUGCGUGGAGCUCUGCCUCAAGGUCCUGGUCUCGCUCACGGUCUACGGUCUCUUCAUGGCGGACGGGUUCUCCAACGUUCUGUGGGAGAAGCUGGACGACUACGUCUACUACGUGCGCUCCACCGGGAACAUCAUGGAGUUCCUGUUCGGCGUGCUGAUGUUCGGCAACGGCGCGUACACCAUGAUGUUCGAGUCGGGCAGCAAGAUCCGGGCGUGCAUGAUGUGCCUGCACGCCUACUUCAACAUUUACCUGCAGGCCAAGAACGGCUGGAAGACCUUCAUCAACCGCCGCACCGCUGUCAAGAAGAUCAACUCGCUGCCCGAGCUGCGCGGCGAGCAGCUGCGGCGCAUCGAGGACGUGUGCGCCAUCUGCUACCAGGAGUUCUCCAGCUCGGCCCGGAUCACGCCGUGCCACCACUACUUCCACGCUCUGUGUCUCAGGAAGUGGCUCUACAUCCAGGACUCCUGCCCCAUGUGCCACCAGAGGGUCUACGUGGAGGAGGAGAGCCGGGACCACGCCGCCUUCUCCAACAACAACGGCGGCUACGUCCCGCCACGGGACGCGCCCGCGGGGGCCGCGCCUCCGCCUGAGGACCAGCCGCAGGGACAGCCCGCUGCUGCCGCCGCCGCCGAGGUCCUGGUGGUCAGGCCGGACGCGGUGGCGCCACCUGGUGACGGGCCGCAGCACGAGCUGCUGGAGGACAAUGACAGUAUAGAGUAUGACGAGGAGGAGUGGGGGACGCAGAACGUGGCGACGCUGGUCGAAGAAGACUAUCUCCACGACGACACGGACUCGUCCGAUGACUGACUGAGAAAUAAAUCUUUAAUUUUAUUUAAGUUAAAAAUGAUUUUUAUUAAUGUCAGGGUGAUGACAAGGGCUCCGAGUGUGGUGCGUGAGCGCAUGUGUGCGUGUGCGUGUGGACCGAGCAAGGUGACCUCGAGGGGAGUGUUAUUACGUGGCCUGAAACAGACUAAAAUCAAAAGUAGUUCGACCACAAAAAUUGUCUUUCGUCACGAUCAUCUGACGGGUUGGGAAGGAAGCGGACCAAAAUCUCAUUUUCCCUCGUGUCAGCACCGGCCCGUUCGGUCGGGAAAGUCGAGGUCUAAGGCUGCUGUGAAGUCAAAGUUCUAACUGUAAAUCUGAGGCUGAAUCAAACUAGCUGUCGUGCGCGACACUGCUGUACCUUGUCUGUCAAACACAGGUGUAUUUUGACAACUACUGCGUCAGUUUUGGACCUGACAGCUACGAAUCAUCUUAUACUGGGACUCACUGACCUGAGUACAGUUAUUGGGUAAAUCUCAGCACAAAUUCAGCUUGGUGUGUAUGUGUGUGUGUGUGUGUGUGUCAUGCAAGUGUUGCCGACCUGGAAUGUUCUCCGACGUCUUAAAUGAAGGUCCUCUUGGGGCGGGAGGGGCGGGGGAAGUGUCGGUCUGAUCAACGAAUGCGCCUCACGUUUUGUCCAGAACUGAACCUCCUCCACCUGGUGGAGAGCUGCUCGGUCAUUAAUGGUCUCUAGUGUGACCGUCCCCACAUUUGUGUACAUUGUUGUACACUUUUCUACAUCCGCUGUGCGACUGGUGCCACUUUUUACACGGUUCUUCAUCGACUCGUGCGACUGCGUCACCGUCCCACCUUUGGAUAAGUGUUUGGUUCAAGUCCCGGGCGCGUGCGCGGAAGCUUCAGCCCCCAAAAAUGCACAAAUGAGUGAUUGAACAUUUGUGGAUCUUUCUCUGUUA